GGAGGCGUUAGGCUGCUGUCCCCGUGGAGCUGGCCGAAGAGGAAGUCGUCGGUGCCGCGCAGGCCUUUUCCGCACGCACGGCUGCCGGGAAGGUGUGAAGAGAAAACAAUGACACUCCAAUGGACGGCAGUUGCAACCUUUCUUUAUGCUGAAAUAGGACUCAUAUUAAUCUUCUGUCUACCUUUUAUUCCUCCUCAGAGAUGGCAGAAGAUUUUUUCAUUUAGUGUCUGGGGUAAGAUUGCAACUUUUUGGAACAAGGCUUUCCUUACCAUUAUAGUCCUAUUGAUUGUUCUGUUUCUAGAUGCUGUGAGAGAAGUAAGGAAAUACUCCUAUACUCAUACCAUUGAGAAGAGCUCAACCAGCAGACAUGAUGCCCAUGAACAUACACAGAUGAAACUUUUUAGGUCCCAAAGAAAUCUUUACAUUUCUGGAUUUUCAUUAUUUUUCUGGCUAGUGUUGAGACGUCUGGUUACGCUUAUUACUCAGCUGGCGAAAGAACUGUCAAACAAAGGAGCUCUUAAAUCUCAAGCAGAAAAUACUAACAAGGCUGCCAAAAGAUUUAUGGAAGAGAAUGAAAAACUAAAAUGGAUCUUGAAAAGCUAUGGAAAGGAUGAUGAUCACAUUUUGGAAGCAGAAAAUAAAAAACUAAUAGAAGAGCAGGAAAAACUGAAAACUGAAUUAAAAAAGACUUCAAAUGCCCUUUCUAAGGCACAAAGUGAUGUGAUGACAAUGAAGGUGCAAUCAGAGAGACUUUCGCAAGAAUAUGAUCUGCUCCUGAAAGAACACUCAGAGCUUCAGAGUCAUUUAGGAAAAGACAAUAAGAAAGACCUGUAAACUUUAUGAAAAAAGACCAUAAUACACCGUGUCAAGACAAUAAAUUUGUUAUCAUGUUAACCUCUAGGAAAUUUAAAAUUCAG